AAAUAGUAAAAUCUGGCAAACUAUGCUUGGAAAAGACCAACGCGUAGCUGUCGUCGAAGCCAUUUAGCAACGCUACUAUCACUUACGAUCUCCAUCUUGGUCCAGUCAUGUCUCACCGUAAGUUUAGCGCUCCUCGCCAUGGAUCUAUGGGUUUCUACCCGAAGAAGCGCUGUCGCUCUAUCCGUGGCCGCGUGAAGUCAUUCCCUCGUGAUGAUCCCAAGAAACCUAUUCAUUUGACAGCUUUCUUGGGAUACAAGGCUGGCAUGACGCACAUUGUUCGUGAAUGUGACAAACCUGGCUCUAAGGUUAACAAGAAAGAGGUUGUUGAAGCUGUAACAAUUUUGGAGACACCUCCCAUGGUCAUUGUAGGCAUUGUUGGGUAUGUUGCUACACCUAGAGGCCUCCGUGCUUUGAAGACGGUCUGGGCAGAACACAUUGGAGAGGACUGUCGUCGACGUUUCUACAAAAAUUGGUAUAAGUCUAAGAAGAAGGCCUUCACUAAGGCUUCAAAGAAAUGGCAAGAUGAUUUGGGAAAAAAAGUCAUAGAAAAGGAGUUAAGAGCAAUGAAGAGAUAUUGCAAAGUGAUUCGUGUCGUUGCACAUACGCAGAUGAAGCUGCUUCGCCAACGCCAAAAGAAGGCUCAUAUGAUGGAGAUCCAGGUUAAUGGAGGGACGGUGCGGCAAAAAGUUGAUUGGGCACGUCAGCACUUGGAGAAAACUGUCCCAAUCACAUCUAUCUUCGCUCAAGAUGAGAUGAUAGACGUUAUUGGUGUUACUAAGGGAAAAGGAUUUAAAGGUGUAACAUCUCGUUGGCAUACCCGCAAGCUUCCUCGCAAGACUCACAAGGGUCUCCGGAAGGUUGCUUGUAUUGGAGCCUGGCAUCCGUCUCGUGUGCAGUAUACUGUUGCCCGUGCUGGUCAGAAAGGGUACCAUCACCGCACAGAGAUGAACAAAAAGAUUUACCGUAUUGGGAAGGGUAUUCACACGCGGAAGGGCAAGGUUAUCAAGAACAACGCCGCUACCGAGUACGACUUAACUGACAAGUCCAUCACCCCUAUGGGUGGUUUCCCUCAUUAUGGUGAGGUUAACAAUGAUUUCAUCAUGAUCAAGGGUUGUUGUAUGGGGCCCAAGAAACGCGUCAUCACGUUGCGCAAGGCUUUGGUCACGAGCGCGAAACGUGUUGCUCUCGAGAAGAUCGAGCUUAAAUUUAUCGAUACGUCUUCGAAAUUCGGCCAUGGAAGAUUCCAGACGCCAGCUGAUAAGGCCCAAUUUAUGGGGCCAACAAAGAAGUCGAAGACUCCUGUUGCAGCAACUACUCCAGCUGCGGCAGUUAAGGCAUAACUUUACAAAGGAAUUCCUGUGUAUUUAUGAAAUUGUUGAAUAUAUUUUGAACGUUGCAUAUAA